AUGAUGAUGAUGAUGAUGAAGGGGCAUCUGAGCUUGACGCUGCUGCUACUCUUGGUCCUCUGCUCCCAGUGUGGAGCAAAGAGCCUGGGGGACGACGACGACAACAAGACACAGGAGGUCAAAACAGCGGUGGUGAAGUGUGCAGACGAUACAGAAAAACGUUGGCAGCAAGAGUUGGAAAAAGCUGUCUCCACCCUCAAGAAUGAACUGGAAGAACAAAGGAAGAGAGAACAAGUGGCGUUUGGAGCAUCACUGGGUCCCCGCGGUGGAUACACUGGUCCUUUUAAUGGUGUUGUUACUCUGGUCUACUCAGUUGUCUUCACCAACGCUGGAGAAGCCUACAAUCCCACAACAGGUAUCUUCACAGCACCCAUGAAAGGGGUCUACUACUUCAGCUUCUCUGGCUAUAACUAUUCCACGAGGGACAUGGGUCUCCUGCUGUGGAAGAAUGCGGUACACAUGGUGAUGGCGCACAACCAUGGGCAGUCAUGGGUGAGCGGAAGCCGAUGGGAGAGCGGCAGCAACAGCAUCACCCUGGUGCUGCAGAAAGGGGAUCAAGUGUACAUGAGGCUCAGAGCAAGCUCAUGGGUGUAUGAUAACAGCAAUCACCACUCCAACUUUAAUGGCCAUUUGCUGUUUCCCUUGCAAACAAGAUGA